GUUACUCAGUGGGUCUUUUUUAGAAGUCUCUGCUGUGCUGAACACUUCAAGCAGUCUGAAACGCACUGUUUCUCUGUCAGCCUUUGCACUUUCCCAUUUAAAUUGAAUAUGUUAGGCAUCUUCAAAUGCAUCUGGUGGAGAGGGGCAAAUGCAUGCUUUACUGAGCCUCUCAAAACAAAUUUACCAGAUGUCGUAUUGCAGGUCACCCACCCUGCCAAGACCAGCCUGGAUUACUACAGGAAUGACAGCGCAGUGCUGUUCCUGUGUGGAAACCCAAUGAACAACACAGACUUUAUGUGCGACAAGAGGCAGGUCAGGCAGUUCUCUCAAGCCUUCCUGCCGGUGUUUUUCUGGCUUAUCUUCACUGUGGGCACAGUAGGAAAUGCUUUGGUUGUGCUUGUCUAUUGCAAAUACCACUUCAGGAGAAGUAUGAUGGAUCGGUACCUGCUGCACCUGGCCAUCGCAGACCUGCUGCUCCUUUUCACUCUCCCGUUCUGGGCCAAGGCUGCUUCUGAUGGCUGGAUCUUCAAGGACUUCAUGUGUAAAGUCGUCAACAGUCUGUAUAAGAUCAACUUCUAUGGCUGCAGCUUGCUUCUGACCUGCAUCAGCUUUGACAGGUACAUCACUAUUGUCCAGGCAACGAAAGCUAAAACUUCUAAGCGAAGGUGGCUCCUGCGCAGCAACCUCAUGUGCUUGGCCGUCUGGCUGACAGCGCUGGGCAUGUGCAUCCCAGAAAUCAUAUACAGCCAAACCACGCAGGUGGGUGACAUAAUAGUUUGCAAAAUCACGUACCCACCAAAUGUCAGCAGGAUCUUCAGAGUUACCAUGCUGGUCUUGAAAGUCACAAUCGGAUUCUUCUUCCCGCUCCUUGUCAUGGUUAUUUGUUAUGCUCUUAUCAUCAAGACCCUCCUACAAGCCAAAAGAUCCCAAAAACAGAAGUCGGUGAAGAUCAUUGCCAUGAUCAUCACAGCUUUCCUCCUCUCUCAGUUCCCGUACAAUAUUGUUUUGCUGGUCAAAGCCAUCAACACCUACACCGGGGCAGUGUACAGUUGUCAGGCUGCCAAUCGGCUGGACAUCGGGCUGCAGGUCAGCCAGACCAUCGCCUUCCUCCACAGCUGCCUCAACCCCUUCCUCUAUGUUUUUGCUGGUGAGCGCUUCAGGAUAGCACUGGGCAGGAUGGUGCAAAGCAGUGGCUGCUGCCGAAGCAGGGUCCAAAAUCAGUUCUCCCCUGCCUGUGACAGCCAGGAGCACAGCUCAAACUGGUCCUUUACCAUGCUGGGGAGGCAGCGGGUGAGGAACUCCCUGAUCCUUAGCGCUCACUUGACCUCCUCUGUUAUGUCCCCUCCUUGCAAAGUCCUCUUGUAAGUUAGUCCUCACUCUCUCCUCUCCAGAGGAACAUGAGACUCUUUGGAAAGCACCUGUGUACCCCAAAGACUGUCCCAGAGGAGCAGGAAGGGUUGGCGGCCCUGUCCUUGAUGUGUGGGACCCAACUGAGGUUUGCUUGCUGAAAAGAUAGGAAACCUUUGGCAGAGAGCAGCAAAGUGGAACCAUACUUGCUAUAAGCAGAACUGACAGAGGACAAAAGCUGUCUUUGUGACAGCUGUAAAUAGCAGCUCCGACCACAGCCUGAAAUAACAAGUCUUACAGGGAGGUGAUAAACCCGGUUACAGCAGCAACAGAGGCAGAUAAAGCAGGAUGAACCACUCCUCCUCCUCCUAGGAAGCAGCAGGAGGGAGUUCAGCCUUCAUUUGCUGUGAUGCCAGGUCUCCCAUGCAGGUGGCCAGACUCCAGUGCCCUGCCAGACUCCUGCACCAGAUCCCCUCCCCUGUAAAGGAGAAUGGCCUUUAGCUCCAACACUGGUUUGUUGAAGAGGGCAAAUGCUGCUCUCUGUGCAGGGGCAAAUGCAACUCUGUUUGGCUGCUCAUGUGGUUCUUAUUGCAAAGAAAACCCAUUCGUCUGUGUUCAUAAACUGGUCAUUGCAGAAUCUGACCUGCCUUUCUCCUAUAGUUUAGCUGUGUGGUGUCAGGUGAAAUUUGGUACAAUUAAUGCUAUAGCUCCUACUUUGGUACUGGAAACAAAUCACACCUCACAGUAAAAAUUCAAGGGUAUCAGAGACACUGCACUGUCUGUCCCAGGGAUAUUUUCUGAAUGGUGCAAAACUGUAGUAAACCAGAACACAAAAAACAAACCCAUGGUUCAGCUGACUGCCAGUUAUGUGCUGGUGUCUUUGCUAACAGUGACAAAAUAUAUUUAGCCUGGUGCCAGUAAGACAGAUCAUUAUUAAGUGUCAAACUUAACGAUAUUUGGAAUGAGACUUCAGGUUGGCAGAGGCAGCAGUUCCCAAAAUGCUGUGCUGUAAUGCACCCCACAACUUCUAUAGGACUUUUGGAAUGCCGGUGUUGGUGCUGUAACAGUGCCUGAGGCCACAGGACAUCGUGUAUCCAUUGCGCCUCGCUCAUCCCCUCACAGGGACAUGGCAUUGCCUGUCCUGCCUGACUGCAAGCCUCCACUUCCCAGUCUUCAAUUGCAAGUCAUAGUGCUCAGGAGGUUUUGUUUUAAAUAAUCUCAUUUAACCUAGUUUGCUUUCAGGUUAAUUAUUUCUUCCAGGUAAAAAGUGGUUUCAUUGUGCAUUUAUCAUUAA